AUGAAGAUCCUCUACAUCGGCGUCCUGCGCAACGAAGACCAACCCGCUGUAGAACUCUGCGCCGAGCGCGACCUAUCCGCAUACUCUCGCUUCACCCGUACCGCCGUUAGCGAGUUCAUGACUUUGUUCUCAAAGACUGUAGCGGAGACUACGAAGCCUGGCCAGCGACAGGAUGUGGAGGAGCAAUCCUACACAUUUCACGCCUACGCGCGAUCAGAGGGCGUGGCAGGCAUCAUAAUAAGUGAUGCGGAGUACCCGAAAUUGGUGGCGCAUCAACUGCUUGGGAAGAUCUUGGACGAGUUCCUCGCUCGGUAUCCGAAGAGUGCAUGGCAGACUGGGAAAGAGUGUCCGUUUCCGGCCUUGAAGGAGUAUAUCGUCAAAUAUCAGGAUCCGGCGCAGGCCGAUAGUAUUAUGAAGCUCCAGCGAGAACUCGACGAGACGAAGAUCAUACUGCACAAGACCCUCGAAGCUGCGCUAGGGCGAGGCGUGAAAGUUAGUGACCUGGUGGAGAAGUCCGACGGGUUAAGCUCACAGUCAAAGAUGUUCUACAAGACAUCCAAAAAGCAAAAUUCGUGUUGUACGGUCAUGUAG